CUGCCUCCCUUGCUGUCCCAAUGGCCCUAACAUUCCCGUUGUCUCCAUUUCGAUGCCAAUGCCCACAUGGGGUCUCUCCAAGCUCUGCCUCACAGGCCCUGGCUUCUCAUACCUUAAAAAGUUAGCUGGGGAAGUCUGGUAAGAUAACCCCUCAUUCUAAAUCUUCAGGCACUACCAAGGGGUCACUUCUCUUCUUUUUCCAGUCCUCAGGGACUCUGGGAUCUUUAAAGAUGUUAUUGCUCUUCUUCUAGUCUGCAGGACAGGAGCCCUGUUGACACCAAAGCUAACUGGACUUGGACUCUGCCUUUUAUAAGCAGGACUUGGGGGAAGCCCAUUCUGUAAUGGGCAAUGUGUUUUUUCUCUCUUCAAGGGGAAACUCCAUGCAAUAUGUGUAGGUCUUCCUCUGAGUAGAGAGACAAGCUCCACCCAUACGGAAGAUUCUAUAUUCUACCCCUUAGACCCUGACUUUAAAGUAUCUAGAGGUGGCAAAAAAAUAGUAAAACAAUUUCACAAAAAUAUGCAAAGUUUCCAUUAUACAGGACUUAAAAUGGGCCUGUCAUUUUGUGGAAUUUUCCAUGCGACUUUUACUAAAAAUAAGGUGGUGGUAAAUGAAAAUUUUCAAAAAUGAUUUGAGUAAAAUCGGUAAAAAAAAUUGCAGAAACUUCACAAAAAGGAACAUUUCAAUAUCAAUAAUUCAUAAUUUUUUUUUAAAAAGGCCAUUUUUGUAAUGUAAAAACUUUUCAUACAAAAUUAUUUUGAGCAGCUCUAAAAGUAUCCUUUCCCUUUUUCUGAGGAUGUGUCCCUUUCCCACUAUACCUGCUCUCCUGUCAGGUGGGGAAGAAAAUAAAUAUCACUGGAGUGAAUGAGUAGAGAAUGAGUGGGUACCUGGAGAUGAGUGAAUGAUAAAUGGAGGAGAGAGCGGCUGGUGAAGGAGGGUGAAGUGAGCAUCAUUUUCCCCACCUCAGCUUCCAAAUCCAUUCUAUGCGUGCAGUAAAAUUCUCUCCCUCCUUGUAUGACAGAUACACUUCUUUCCUUCAUAUGUUACAGAUGUUCCCAUUCUCUUCCCUUUCUGUGUGGCCCAAUUGUUCAUUUUGAAAGUUUGGUCAUUCUAUUUCUUUUCUCCCCCUCAACCAUCCUGAGCCAUGGAAGGUGUGAUGGGUUUGGUCACAAAAACUCCCUCAACACUGUCACAAGAUGUGCUGGGAUACCACUGAGAACAAAACCCCCUGCCAGAGAAGGCUUCCCUCCACUCCUGUCUUGCUGAGCUAGACACUCCAGUUGCCAUGCCUGAGGAUUUUGCGGACAGGGAAGAUGAUGAGGAGGAGGAUGACGUUGAGGAGAGCAUACGGCACGCUGUUCUCCCCGAUAGCGAGGAUCUUUUUCUCACCCUGACUGAAAUGCUCUCCCAACCCUCCCAAGGCGGUAUCCCAGACCAUGAAGCCAUAGAAGGUAGCUCUGCUGCAAAUGUUUCAAGCCUCCCUCCUCUGUCCCAAAUAAGGUGGCGAAAAAAACGCACGCACAAUGAAAUGUUCUCUGAGCUCAUGCAGGCAUCCCACACUGAAAGAGCUCAGCAGAAAGUGUGGAGGGAUACAAUAGCACAGGACAGGAAAGCAGUCAGUAACCGUGAGGAGAGGUGGCGGCAGGAAGAUCAGAGGAGGCAGGAUGCAACGCUAGGGCUACUGCGGGAACAAAUGGACAUGAUCCGGCGUCUGGUGGAGGUUCAGGAACGUCAGCUGGAGAGACUGCUGCUGCAGCCCCUAUUUAACGGCCCUCCCUCCUCCCCAAGUUCCAUAGCCACCGCCUCACCCAGAUGCCCAAGAACGCGGAGGGGGGGAGGCUCCGGGCACCCAACCACUCCACCCCAGUGGACAGAAGGCUGUCAUUCAACAAGUAUUGAAGUGGCCUUUUCCUUCCCUCCUCCACUCCUCCCACACCCCACCUGGGCUAUCUUGACAGAAGCGACUUUGUCUGUACAAAGUGCAAGCUGGUCUCCAUAUUGGAAGAGGUGGUUCGAGGGCUGGAGAAACGAGUGUCGACUCUGUGUUGCAUAAGGGAAAAUGAAGAUUUCCUGGACAGACGUCAGGAGAUGCUUCUACGGCCACAAUGUUCUGAAGAUUCAGAGCAGGCGCAGCAGGGACAGAAGGAUUGUGAGGAGGUUUGGCAGCAUGUGACGUCCAGAAGGAGAAAGAGGAGCGUCCAUGCACCAGCAAUGGAGAUACAGUUUCUUUCAGGCAUCUCUUUGGAGUGGAGAAGCCAUCUCUUGAGCCAGCUGAAGACAAAAUGGAGGGGCUUCCAGGACCUUUUAUAUUCUCUCUUGUGGGCGGAAACCCCUUUGUUCUUCCGUGCAAAAUCACAGCAACAAGAUGGAGUUUGUAGCCACCUGGGCAAGUCACAUGUCCAUGAAUGAGUCAGCUUUUUGCAGGCCGAUGCCAUUGUUUACAUGUUAGUUUGAACGUUCCCAGGAAAGCUCAGAUGUGGAUUCGUGUCUUCCAAAGUCCAUUGUCAGUUAAGUGUUUCUUGCUUGGGCACUUACUCAGAAUAGUCCUUUCUCAAGAAGCUGACCAAAUGCUUCACUGAUGCUACUGAGAAUCAAACAUUCAAAUACAAGUACAUGGCCAAUAUUCAUAACUUCAAAUACAAAAAUGAUACACACAUAGAGACAGUAUAAUCAUAACCAGCAAAUUACAACCUUUCCAUAGACACCUUACUUGACCUCCUUUGUACAAGAUUUGGUGCAACUAUAGGACCUUGGUUGCAACAGUGAUCUAUAUGGUCAUAGUUCAUGUCAAUAACAUCACAGAAGGGAUGAAGCAGGACCAAAUGGUAACACCUUCUAUCCUCAGACUUGGAGGGGAGACAGCAGGAAGUCCCACCACCACAGUCACUAACUACCACUUACACAGUGGAGGAGAGACAGGCAUAAAUUAUUUUUUUCUGCUUCUGUAUUGUCAAAAAAUAAAACCAGAUAAUGAAGGUUUUCGUUAUUUUUAUUUUCCUUUACAAAUUCUCACUAGUGCAAAUUUGAAAUCUAGUGGUUUCUUUGGGUUGAAGAUACUGGUUAUCAUUGAUACAUAGUUUUGCUGAACUUAAAUGUCAAUACCGUAACCUUAAACAUCACCUGGAAACUCACAGCCAGCCAGAGCAGAGCAUGGAACACAGGUUGAAUAUGCUCACAGUCAGAUUCUCCAUUUAUCAAACAGGUUGCCACAUGUUUCAUCAGCUUUGGUUUCUGGAGGGUUGUAAGGUGUAGCCCACAAAUAGAGUGCACUGCUAUUAUAGUAUUAUAAAAAAGAAUUCCAAGUAGAGGACACCACCUAAUCUCCGUUAUAUAGGACAACCUUCAAACAUAGUAGAUAUUUUUUGCAAGUUGGCAAAAAAUGGUUUAGGUGCUUCAAUACUACAGUGAUGAGAGCUGUUUAAAAACGUGAAUGAAUAGAUGGCUUUUUUCUGUUUGUAUUUGGGUUGAUAGACCCAAAAGAAAGAGGUGUGAAUUAUGACAAUAGCCACCAAAAUAAAUAUCUUAGUUGUUUUUAAAAUGUCAGCCUAACACCUGUUUAGGACACUUUCUUGAUAACUGAUAAUGGCAAAAUGUAUUACUCUCACAUUUGAAAACUAUUUUCAGGAUAAGGGAUGAUUGCAGCGUCUCACAGGCAGUAUCUGAACUGAGUAAUUUAAAGAAGAGGGUAGGAAAUAACAUCUUUGGCCAGUUUUGAAGCUCCUGGAAAAUGGCUUGACACAACAUUCAAUCUGUGACAUUGUAAAUGCAAAAUGUUCUUUAAAGGGCAAUGAGAAAUAGGACUGCUGCUGUUUAU